AUGCCGUAUAUGGGCAAGAACAAGUUUUUCAUGUUCGAAGCAUUUGAGCGCUCGCCGCGACGUAUGGGAACGAAUGGGCACGAAUGCAGAAUCCCGGUCGUCACAGCCGUCUCCAGCAGUGAGGGCCUGGCCAGACUCAAGGCCACUCGUUCGGCGGCGGUUGUGAACACAGCUCCACGUUGA